AUGAAUGCGUUACAAUUUGUGGAAAGAGUGGUCCGAAUUGUUCGAGUCACAGAUAUUACGUUGGACUGGAUGCCAACAUACGAAGGGCAACAACUAGAGAACAUCCGGCGGUAUCUUUGGUGGUACUGUAAUCUGGCUUAUGUAUUUGUGAUUACCGAACGAAUCAUCGCAACUGUCAACUUCAGCGAUUACGAAAGAUGGGGUUUGGCCACUUCAUUUUAUGUAAUAAUUUCAUCGGUGAGACCAACACGUAUAAAAUUUUUAUCAAAUAAAAUUUAUAUUUUAGUACAUCAGUGGUGGUGCUUUCUAUUAUGUCAGCCAAUUUGUUUGUAAGUCUUGGCAGGAAAUAAAUAAUUUUCAGCCGAUAACUUCACUCAGCUUGCUAUGAAAGUAAUUUGCGUAACCUUGCCAUGGCUGGUAAGACCUGGCGUCCCAAAUUUAUUUAAUCCCACCUUUUAGGCGCUUCAUAUUUGCGAGAGAAUCAAUGUGGAUCUCUCCUCAAAUAUCCUCAAUCUCUCUUUGAGUGCCAGAUUUCAAAUAUCCGAGAAUAUAUCUACUUUGGUCGCAAUUAAGGGCUGGAUCUGUGUCAGCGCCAUUAUGAACGUGUGUAUAUCCUGUAUCAUGUGCAUUAUCUGGUACGUGAUUACCCCGAAUCACUUACUAUACGGACUUCAUGUCAUCUCGAAUAUGUUUGAUUUGGUAAUUGCAUUGUAUGUGUUCGUAUAUCCCAUAAUAAUUCUUUAUAUCAACAAAACGAUGAGAAAUAUGGUCAUGUAAGACACGAAUUUGAAUUAUAUACAUUUAGCCUUUAUUUGAAGACGGAUCUUUAUAAAGAAAAAAGAAGAACAAAUUUUUCACAAGAAGAAUGCUGUUGGAAUUACCCCGACGAGUCUGUAUCCACCGACUUCAGACGAGUAUUUCCGUGUUCUGAAUGAACGAUGGAAUCUUUUUUCGAAUCCCCAGCCAAAAAGAAAGUGGUUCAAUUUCCAAACAGCUCCUAAAUGGAUACGGGUACUGUAGGCUUCACUAAGAAAUCGACUUUGUUACGUAUUUGGAAGUACUGUUAUAUUAUAUUAUAAAUAAAAACUUCCGGCUUCAAGACAUUGACAAGUAUUUUCAAUCCACUGUCGCAUUUUGAAUAACAUUAUAAAAAAUGUUAUUCAAAUUUUACGUCAUCAAUAUUCCAAAGAAAGAAAUAGUUAUUUAGUCAUUCAAAUAUGGCGAUGGACAGAAAUGCGGUUGCCAGAUGGCAGACGGAGUUAGAUGAUCUCUCUGGCCGUCUGAACACUUUGUCAUGGAUGUUGACUGCUCUUUGCGUGGCCUUCAGUAUCUACUCUGUUCUUGAGAUAGCAACUAUGUUGUACACCAUCGUCAUUAAGAGAAAAAAGGUAGCAUUUAAUCAAGGAUUACUCAUUUGCAGUGCCGAGAAAAGGAGAAGAAAUCUGAUAGCUUGAAGAGGAAGCGCCAGAAGAAGGGAAAGAAGGGUUCAAAGUCAGGAAAAGCCAAGAAAGCGGGAAAAUCAUCGCGGAAGAAAUCGAGAACUAGCAGUUCUAAGACUUCCGAUGGGAUGACAACUACGAAAACGGAAUCCUCAAAGAAAAAGAAAAGCGCCAUGAAUGCGAAAGGAGAUCGUCAAACGAAGGCAGGAAAACGUAAGUAACUUCUACCGAGACUUUCAUAAAUAAUGCAACGCUACAGCCAUCAAACCAAUUAUCACUUCACGGUCCCAAGAAUUAUUGCAGAAAGAGAAUGUUCCGCCUAAAAUAGAAACUCCCAAGACUACUCCCAUGGAUACUGUAAGUUUUGCGUUCCAUUAGUCAUCUGAAUUAAAGCCCACCAGCGGAGUUGUAACGGCCGCCCUUCCAACCCCCGAGAUGAUCCAGACCAAUGAAAUGAUGAAGGCCACUCUCCCAGCUGCUCAUAUUACCAAAGAGCCAUCUCCCGUGAACAGUCUGAUCGUGGAUAACUCAAAGUUGGCCCCAGUUGAUGGAUCUGUUAUCGCAAAGCCUGAAAGUGUUCCCUUGAACCAAUCAACUCCGAUUAGCGCCCAGAAUGCUGGAUCUACCAACUCUGUAGCCCCCACUCAAACUGGCUGUACUUUUACCGGAUCAUCUACCUCGCAGGUCUCCGGAAUUAGUUCCCACAGUAUCACUACCCCCACUUACCCGACCUCCAACUUGCCUUCAAAUCCGCGUCAGUCGACUCCUCCUGUGGUUAACCUCGUCCCACCUCAACCAAUUGGCCAAUUGCCUCCUGGUCCUCAGCUCCCAUCGGCCACUCCACCAGCUCCUCAGGGAACACCUCCCAGCAAUACGCAACCAUCCUUCUAA